AUGACCAUGGUUCGCGAAUCAGAGGAGAUCUCCUCGCCACGAGAGGUGUGGGGUAUGGAAUGCCGCAAAGUCAAUCUCCCGAUAGCCUAUGAUGUAUAUAUGCCCGAUGAUCGCUGUGGUAUUAAAUCUCGCGAUGAGAUUUUGAACUCAUUUUACUAUGAGUUAAGUGACCGAUGUCUACCUUCGGACUCAAAACCUUGGAAGGACAGGAAACGGGGGCUCAUCGACUUUCGAGCCGGACUCGAACGUAUCGUUAUAAGACAGAAACGAUGUACACUGGUCUCAUCGAACCCGACCCCCCAUCUCCAACGCUCCUUUCCUCUGACGGUGUAUCGUCUGUUCCCUCUAGAACUGCGCAACCAGCCAUUGACGGAGCCGCGAACCUUGCCAGACGUUCCCUUAGUCCAGCGAGGACUUCGGGAUACGUUCUACGUUGAAUCGGUCGCCGCGACCUUUUCUACAGCGGAAUUCCGCUGCGCUCUCGGGCCGAGAGCGCACCAUCCCUCCUUCCUCUGAAUCAAUUCGAAACCGACGAGCGCUUCAAUUGAUUCGGCAGAUUCUCCAUUGCCCAUACUCAACGCGGACUUCCGCGAGAUGGAACGAUGCGGGGGUACACUAUGCCUUUGAACUGGGAUUGGCCUGUCGACAGGGCUCUGGUCAUGAUCGAUAUCGCACGCUCCCCUUAAUUUUUGGCACAGGUAUGAAGAAGGUGGAAUACUCCCUACCAAUCGUUUGGUGUGGACUCCCAGGCAGUUCUCCCCUGACAGGGGUCAUUGCCGACCAAGGACCAAGGUUCGUCUCGUCUACAAACGAGAUCGUUAUACCUGUGGAGAAAAUCAGAGCAGUAGAGCAAAUGUCGGGCUCCAACAUUUUCUCGUUCAGCUUGCACCUGAACGUCAUACAACUAAAGCAAGCCGGACCUUCUCGCCUUACCACAUUUUCCAUGCGCCCCUGUCACACUAGCUGUACAUAAUGCUGUAGGGCAAUGACACAUUCGCCGGGUCGAACUUCGAAGUA